AUGGCAACAAACAUGGCACCUGCAACCUUCACCAUUCCUUUCAACUCAGGCAGCAGUCGGAGGCCUGCGAACAUCCCUCUCCAUAACCUGAGCUCGUCCUCGCGCCCCCGUGACGGCGAUUCCGCUUAUCUGCUCGACAACGAUAAGGAUAGCGCGCGGUCCUCCUUCGACACACCUUCCUCGCACUCGGACGACUUUUCGCUCUGGAGUGACACCGGCGACCUUGUUGACCAGCUUGCCGACCAGGAAGAUCCGCUUGCCAUCCGCUUGGAAGGCCACCUGCCCCCGCAUCGACGACACCAGAAGCGUGCCCGCUUUGCAUCGCAGGACAGCCUCCACGAAAAGAGUCACCACAGCCUCAGACUCGAGGAUAUCGAGAUACCAGACCCCGGGCCACGCACUAUCAGCAAAGCAGACAGAAUACUCGCUCAGAUCAUGGCGCCCAACGAUGGGCCCUCCCGUAUUCACGGGCUGCAUGGAAAGAAGCUCAUCUACUUCACCAGUGUGUUCGUCUCACUAGGCGUCUUUUUAUUUGGCUAUGACCAGGGAGUCAUGUCCGGUAUUAUCACGGGUAUCUACUUCAAGGACUACUUCAACCAGCCCACAGCCGUCGAGCUGGGUAGCAUGGUAGCUAUCCUGGAAGUGGGUGCCUUUAUCUCUUCUCUUGUAGUAGGCCGCAUUGGAGACGUCCUUGGUCGACGCAAGACCAUCCUUUACGGUUCGAUCAUCUUCGUAAUCGGCGGUGCUCUCCAGACCUUCGCCAAUGGUAUGCCCAUGAUGCUCUUGGGGCGAAUUAUCGCCGGCCUCGGUGUGGGGACGCUGUCCACCAUAGUACCGGUGUAUCAGUCUGAGAUCUCACCGCCCCACAACCGUGGAAAGAUGGGCUGCAUCGAGUUCACCGGCAAUAUCACCGGAUACGCAUGCAGUGUCUGGGUCGACUACUUCUGCAGCUACAUCAAGAGCGACUAUGCAUGGAGGAUCCCAUUGUUCAUGCAAUGUGUCAUGGGCGGUCUGCUGGCUUUGGGCAGUCUGCUCAUCUGCGAAUCGCCAAGAUGGCUCCUAGACAACGACCAUGAUGAAGAGGGAAUCGUAGUCAUUGCUAACCUGUAUGGAAAGGGUGACAUCCACAACCCCAAAGCGCGCGAUGAAUACCGAGAAAUCAAGAUGAACGUGCUGCUCCAGCGACAAGAAGGUGAACGCUCAUACACGGACAUGUUUAAGCGCUACUACAAGCGUGUCUUCAUCGCCAUGUCCGCCCAAGCCCUUGCGCAACUCAACGGCAUCAACGUCAUCUCGUACUAUGCACCUCUCGUCUUCGAAGAAGCCGGCUGGUACGGUCGUCAGGCUAUCCUCAUGACUGGUAUCAACGCGAUCACGUACCUCCUGUCAACAAUUCCGCCGUGGUACAUCGUAGACACUCUGGGUCGCCGAAAGAUCCUGCUCUCUGGAGCUUUGAUGAUGGUCAUAUCGCUCUCUGCUAUCUCGUACUUCAUUUUCCUGCAGGCGAGCUGGACACCGAACAUGGUCGUCAUCUUUGUGAUGAUCUACAAUGCGGCAUUCGGAUACUCAUGGGGUCCCAUCCCCUGGUUGUACCCGCCAGAGAUUUUGCCCCUCAGCAUUCGUGCAAAGGGUGCAAGUCUGAGUACUGCGACUAACUGGGCCUUCAACUGGCUGGUCGGAGAAUUGACACCUAUUCUACAGGAACACAUCCAAUGGCGCCUGUACCUCAUCCACGCGUUCUUCUGCGCUGCCAGUUUUGUCAUUGUUUACUUCAUCUACCCCGAAACCGCCAACGUUCGCCUUGAAGAUAUGAACUCUUUGUUCGGAGAUGCCACAACGGUAGCAGCCACACCGCAACAGCAAGCAGAGGUCGAGUCCUUGAUGAGCGGCAGCGGCCGUGAGGGUCGUGGUCGUGGUUCUGAGCGUGGAGGGCCACGUCUCACUGCCGAAGCUGCUAUUCCUGGCCUUGAUAUCGAACCGCCAGAUCUCGAGAACGGCAGGUCUCCUCCCAAGUCUGAGAAUGGAGAUAGUGUCGGCGGCUGGAUCUCGAACAUGGUUAAGAGAAGCAAGGGCGACAACGACAGCAAGGGUGGAAAGUACAAGCGUGUUGGCCAAGACGAGGAUUAGACAUUUGCAGCAUCUCACUGAUUGGCAUUUCCUGGACAUUUUUGCAUACCCUGGUCUCUGUUGCAAGCGACUUGGUUUGAUAUCCACGAGCAAUUCUGCUCGGCAUGUAAGUUUGGUUGAUAGAAGGGACGAAGUAUUUCCUAGAGAGGUAGGCUGGAAAGCCUUAGCACUGUAUUGGUAUGAGCGGAGUCAAAGACGGUGAUUCGAUUGUCAAUAAAAGCUGUUCUGAUCUC